CAACUUUGACAAAUUAAGUGACAGAUAAACAAAAAUAUUGUGGAAACCGCGAAAUUUAGGAUUUUUUUAGUAAUCUGUGAAAAUGACCGGUGAUACGGAGAUGAAGAGCAAUAUUCCUGACGAAGAGGGAUUUAUUGAUAUCGCACAGUAUAGGAAGUUGGUGCGAAACUUGAUAGACAUGAGACGUUAUCAAACUGCAUUAUUCUGGGCUGAAAAAGUUGCGGUUAUCACUCAAAAUGAUCCAUUCGACAUCUACUGGCAGGCACAAUGCUUAUUCCUUCUGCGUGAAUACCAUCGCGCUUCACAUAUUAUAAAAUUCUACGGUCUCGAAAAGACGCAUAUUCUUUGCCAUUAUUUAGUAGUUGAAUGUUUGCUAGAAGCCAAGGAAUAUACAGAAGCUUUAGGAGUAUUGAACAGUGUUGACGUCGAUGAUAUGGCUGCAUCAAUGCUGUGCGGAACUCAACAAAACUACGAAAUGGGAAACCAAAACUUGUGGAUGGAUGAAACAAUGAAAAAUGAUGUUUUAGCAUCUAUUUGCUAUCUGAAAGGAAAAGUAUUCGAGGCCAUGGAUAAUAGAACUUUGGCGAUGGAUUGUUAUGUGCAGGCAUUGCAAAAAUCAGUGUAUUGUACAGAAGCGUUAGAUGCUUUAGUUCAGCAUGAAAUGCUUAUGGCAUGGGAAGAAAAAGAAUUGAUGCAGCAUUUACCAUUCAGUCAACAAUGCACCGACGCCGAGGCAAAGUUCAUAAAAAAGCUAUACGAAAGCAAACUGAAAAAAUAUUAUGAAUCUCUUAACCCACUUUCAAAUGCCGAACAAACUCCUAUUGGCAACAUGAAUACAUUGCAAUCGAUCCGCGAAUUGACCGAGAAAAUGCGUAAAAACCGCUCGAAUGAAGUCAAUAUAAAUAAAGACGUCAAUACAAAAUUAUUAACCCCGAAUUCGAUUCUAUCACCAGCAAAUAAGAUUCUCCAUGAGCUGAAAAACACACCAUCAUAUUCGUUACAAUCUAGUCUGUCUCGCAUCUCAAUGGUGAAUGAAGGCAAUCGUGCUUCAGAGAAUACACACAAAAGCAAAUUAGACAUGGAAAAUGGUGCUCUCGUUCCGAUGAAUUCGUGUAUGGUGAAAAUUCAAAAUAGUCUCGAUAUGAUGGCUGCAACGGCGGAAAGACUUUUCUAUGAUUGCGAUUAUAAGAAAUGUUUGAAAAUUUUAGAAGAAUUACUGAAAAGAGAUCCGUACCAUAGUGGAGGUCUGACGAUACAGAUCGGAUGUUUAGUGGAGCUGAAAGACUUCAACAAACUAUUCUACGUUGCUCACAAGCUGGUUGAUCUCUAUCCAGAUAAAGCGAUAUCAUGGUACGCAGUGGGAUGUUAUUACGACCUUAUUGGUAAAAGCGAUCCUGCCCGACGGUAUUUAGCAAAAGCCACCUCUUUGGACCGACUAUAUGGCCCUGCAUGGCUUGCCUACGGACACUCUUUUGCGAAGGAAAAUGAACACGAUCAAGCAAUGGCAGCGUACUUCAAAGCAACUCAAUUAAUGAGAGGAUGCCACCUUCCACUAUUAUACAUUGGGGUUGAAUGUGGUUUAACAAAAAAUUUGGAAUUGGCGGAGAAAUUUUUCUAUCAAGCCAUGUCAAUUGCUCCUUUGGACGUGUUUGUUCUGCAUGAGUUAGGUGUAAUUAAGUUUGAAUAUGAAUACUAUGAAAGUGCCGAAGAAGUUUUUCGUACAACUGCGGAUAUAGUCACAAAUCGAGCUAAGCAAGAUAACGAACCGAUUUCUCCUCGUUGGGAGCCGCUUUUCAAUAACCUGGGCCACUGCUGUAGGAAGAACAAAAAAUACAAGGAGGCGCUGGAGUAUCAUCAAAUGGCACUUCUGCUCAAACCUCAAAAUGCUGAAACCUACACAGCAAUGGGAUUUGUCCACGCUCUAACAGGCAAGUUGGAGGAAGCAAUCGAACUUUUCCAUAAGAGUUUAUCACUCAAUCGAGACAGUGUUGUGACGUCGACAAUUCUGAAAACAUGCCUAGAAGAUAUGAUGGAGGAGAGCUCAAUGUUUGAUAACAUAUUCUCGAAAUAUAAUAAUAAAAAUCAACCAAAGUCGCCAGCGAAACGAUCCAAUGUGGCUGCUGACACUGCGAAAAAAUUGAAUUGUGUAAAAUUGAAAUUUGAUGAAUUUGAUGCGUCGCCGGGUUCCGAUGCAGUUGACAAUGUUUGUGAUAUGAGUAUGGACACUUGAGUUUCUCCUACAAAUGCUUCCUUUUUAUAUUUGAUGCUUAUUUAAUCUGAAUCGUUUUCGUGAUGGAAAAUAAAUUGUCCAUUUGAAAAAAUA